UUUCUCAAACACUGAGUUUAGAUCGAGUUGAGUGAGAGAAUACUAUUGAGUUUCAGAAAUAUGUUGAAAGUGAGUUUCUUAAUGUUGCUUGCCAUGGCUUUGGCAGCAACAAAUACUCAUGCUCGCUUAGAUCUAUUUGGCCACCAGCUGCUUACCUCCAAGAGCCAACCAGAUCCCAAUUCUGAAGAAGCGAAGAUGCUCAAAUCAGCAACCACUAAAGCGGCCGAAAAAUUGAUGAAUGCAGCAGCUGUAGUCCAAGAAGAGAAACCGAGCAGCAGCAAAGUGAAAGCAGAUACAAUUCCAUAUUCAGAAUGCCAGGAAACCUGCAACUAUACAUGUGUUUGCACACUUAUUUGGCCACCUGAACUAUCACAGUGCAUUUGUGCUGGAUCAAGCAAAUUAUCAACCACUAAAGCGGCCGAAAAUUUGCUUAAGCCAGCUGCUGUAGUCCAAGAAGAGAAACCGAGUAGCAGCAAAGUGAAAGCAGAUACAAUUCCAUAUUUAGAAUGCCAGGAAAACUGCAACUAUACAUGUGUUUGCACACUUAUUUGGCCACCUGAACUAUCACAGUGCAUUUGUGCUGGAUCAAACAAAUUAUCAACCACUAAAGAAGCCGAAAAAUUGCAGAAGGAAUUGGACUUGGUGUCCAAACCAGUUGCAAAAUUGGAAGGAAGCUUUCUUCCAUAUCCGGAAUGCAUCGAAAAAUGUGAUGAGUGUGUAAUCUGCACUAGAGUUUAUCCGAUUGAGGCGGCAUAUUGCUAUUGUGGCAUGAAUCCAUCAAUUCAGAAAUCGGAUGCAGGCAUAGCCCUCCCGGUCUAGCUUAGCUGCUAGCUGUUCGAUUCUUCCCUGAAUGGUCGACUACGUACAACGAUGAAUAAAAGGGCUAUAAUUUGUUUGAUUUACUCCUUCUGAUGAUGCCUAGAGUUCCUUUGAGUUGUCUUAAUGGUGUGUGUUAAGACUUGAGUUUCUCUAUAGAAUAAGCUUGCUAUGUAUGCAUGUAAGCGGUCUUAUAUUGUACGCUGGUUGUCAGUUUCGAUUGGCUAAUUAGUUUGUAAUGAAAUAAAGUUUACGAGCUUUAGCAUUACAUACUACUAUA